UCCCAACUCCAGACUAGUGUUCAGAAACAGCUCAUCGUGUGAGGCAGAGCAUCAUAGUCCGCAAUGUCAUCUGAGGAGCUCGCACGGAAGCUGCAGCGCAGGCUGGACACCGAGCAGCGUGACACCAAAUCCGGCUCACCGGUGCAAACAGGAGCGGGCGAGGAGGAUCCGCCGCCGGUGAAACCUGCCACUGCCGUGAACGGCGACGCCACCUCUGAACUGACGGAAAAACUCAACCGCAGGCUGGACAUCCACGACGGCACGGCGAAACCCAAACAGAUGAAGGUUUUCAAUCCCUACACCGAGUUUAAAGAGUUCUCCCGCAAACAGAUCAAAGACAUGGAGACAAUGUUCAAGAGAUUUGACUCUGGUAAAGAUGGCUUCAUCGAUCUGAUGGAGUUGAAGCUGAUGAUGGAGAAACUUGGAGCUCCACAGACUCAUCUGGGGUUAAAGAACAUGAUCAAGGAGGUGGAUGAAGAUUAUGACGGCAAACUCAGCUACAGAGAGUUCCUGCUGAUCUUCCGGAGGGCCGCAGCAGGUGAGUUGCAGGAAGAGAGCGGGCUGAUGGCUCUGGCUCGACUUUCGGAGAUCGACGUCUCGACUGAAGGCGUUCUUGGAGCGAGGGACUUCUUUGAGGCCAAGGUUCAGGCUCUGUCUGUGCGUAGUAAGUUUGAGGCGGAGAUACGAGAGGAACAAGAAGAGAAGAAGAGGGUGGAACUUGAAAGAAAACAACGGCGUGCUGCAUUUAAAGAGCUGCAGUCCACAUUCUGUUCAUAAAGCACAUGCACACACUACAGUUUAGCAGAUUUAUGCCUUUUAAAGAGCACAUUUGACUCGCACACAAGCACAAACACGCAUGCUCAAACACUGCUUCUUGUACCUCACACCUAUGUGUAAUCAAAACCACAGCGUAACACUGAACAAGUAGCAUUAGCGUUAUGAGUCGCUUACAGCUAUCCUGAAAUAUGCAUGAGGAAUUUGUUACACUGGUGACGGAUGAAGCGAGUGAAAUUUCAGGAGACUUGUAAUGUAGGACUUAAACAGAAUAAACUCUAAUAGACUAGAUUGUGCUUCUAUUUUAAUCAUCUAAGCAACUAUAUAUUUUUAGAAACAAGAAGUUUAUUGUAAAAUGUUAAUCAUAAUUUUAAAUAGUUGGUGUCGUGGACUAAAUAUUGAUUAUGACCAACAGUGGAAACAAAGGGUCAAGAAAUAUGUUUAUUUUUUAUAGAUUUGAAUCAUGCUUUUUUUUUUCUACAUAUUUGUCACCUAAAUAUAAGUUUGUUGUUAAGUUUUAGUAAAUUGUGUUUGAUCAGAUGUUCAUAAUAUCUACCUGUUACUCGUUUGUUUUUGCCAAUUACAUAAAUCCUAUUAAAUCACUGUAUUUUUUAAAAAUA